AUGCCUGCCGAUAUUGCAGUCAUGGAUGAGUUCGACUCGAACAGCCAGAGCACAACUCACGACCUUUCGGAAAUUCAAUCUUUUUACAAUGGUACGACGGUUUUUUUGACUGGCGCCACCGGAUUUGUGGGAAAUUUAAUACUGGAAAAACUAAUCAGAACUUGUUCUGGAGUUAAAAAUAUUUAUGUCCUGAUCAGAGAGAAAAAAGGGAAGACUACAGAAGAAAGGUUUAAAGAGCUCUUCAAUGACCCAGUGUUUGAAUUAAUGAAAAAAGAACAACCCAACUACUUGGAAAAGGUCACGGCAGUAAUCGGUGAUUGUUGUUUACCAAAUUUAGGGAUACAAGAGCAGUACAUGGACAUCAUGAAAGAUGAAGUUAACAUUGUUAUACACUCUGCUGCUACGAUAAGAUUUGACGAGCAUUUAAGAAAAGCGGUUAACAUCAAUAUAAUCGCCUUGCAGGAUAUGCUGAAAAUGAGCCAAGAAAUGAGAGACUUAAAGGCUUUCGUUCAUAUUUCAACCGCUUAUUCGAAUUGUGCUGGGAGAAAAGUCGUAGAUGAAGUGUUUUACAAGCCACCAAUAUCUGGAGACAAUUUGUUUCAGCUCAUGAACAGUCUUGACGAUGACUACAUCACCAGAAUUACUCCUUCAAUGCUGAAGGAGUGGCCAAACACGUAUGCGAUGACAAAAGCAAUUGCCGAGGGCGAAAUCGCAGCUCACGGAAAAGGGUUACCCAUCGGAGUUGUAAGGCCGUCGAUGAUCGUGGCCACAGACAACGAACCGAUCCCCGGUUGGAUCAACAACUUCUACGGACCGACAGGGGUCUGCGCGGCCACCGGCAUUGGACUCAUGAGGUGCAUGUGCGCCGAUCCCGACCAAACAGCCGACAUCGUGCCCGGAGACUUCGUCAGCAACGCCGUUGUGGCCUCCGCCUGGGACAUCCACAACCAAUGGUGA